AGAUUCUAUUUCGUCAGAUUCGUCACAGGGAACUGGCGCGGCUUUGUUCUUUUCAGUUCCUAACUUACAGCCAGAAGCCGAAAUCCUUGAAUCUAUAUCAUUACAAACUUCACAUGUUCAACAUUAUAACCAAUAUGACGAAGAAGACGAAUACCAAGGAUCCGAGCCUGAAGCCGCAUUCUUAGCAGGUGUCCCAAAUGAAAGUGGCCAAAAUAAACAGACACCGGCAGACAUAUAUCAGGAUACACCUAUACAUAUACCUAGAGUAUCAAACAAUUCUCUCAUCGAAGGACUCCUCCCCUCUACUUCCAUCCCUCCAAAAUUGUCGUCCGGAAUUGCACACCGUAAAUUUAGAGAUCCAUUUUUUUCGGUCUUAUUCAUUCUAGGAUCAGUAGCAAUGAUCAUAAGUGGCAUAGUAUUAUUGUGCACGACCAGUUCAUCUCCAUUAAAAGACUAUCAAGGUGGAUCGGUAUUCUUUGCCAUUCGAGACAGCACGG